AUGAAUUGGUUGCGCACGAAGGGAAAGCUUCAUCAGCCCCCAGCGACCCUGAAGCCCUCCGGCACCUCGCAACGCUCGGUGGGCAUCGGCGGGAUUGAACGUCGACUGGAGGAAAGCAACCGGCAGACGCAGAAUAGGAUCUCGCACGCAUUCGAGGACCUAUCCGUCCUCAUGGACGAAGCCCGGACGAUGGUCGGCCUCUCGCGAAGCAUCGCCGAAAAAAUGCGCGCGAUGAAGGGCAGCGUUAGUGAUAACGAGACGAUCGAGUUCAAGUCCUACCUCCUAUCGCUCGGCGUCGCCAACCCGGUGACGAAGGAGAUGCACGGCAGCGGGGCGCGCUACUUCGAGAAGCUGGCCGCCGAGCUGUCGGAUGUCCUCAAAAAACCGUUAGAGGAAAACGGCGGUAUGAUGCUGCUCCCGGAAGCGUUUUGUCGCUUGAACCGCGCCAGGGGCGAGAUGCUCGUCUCGCCCGAGGAUUUGCUGAACGCGUGCAAGGCGCUUGAAAAGAUACAAACCCCGAUCGAACUGCACCGCUUCGCUUCCGGCGUGCUGGUGAUCCAGUUGAAGGCAGCGGCCGUUGAGAAAACGAUCAGCAACACGGAGCAACUCGUUUUGCUGAAUGGCUCGUUGUCGGCCGCCGAACUUGCAGCCACGCUCGGCAUUACCGUGAUCUUGGCUAAAGAAAGGAUGAUUGCCGCCGAAAAACUGGGCCUCCUUUGCCGCGACGACACCUUCGAGGGUCUGCGCUUCUUCCCCAACAAAUUCUGCGCC